AUGUUUCACCACGACGGACCACCAAUGAUGUUGAACAAAGGAUUCUUCCACGAGAGCGGAAAUAUUUUAAAAUUGUUUGAAAUCGUAUUCGGUCUACUUGCUGCAGUGUUCAACUCGCUCUGCUAUCCGAAUGAGGACAUUCAACACUGCAGUGUGACGCUAUUUUCGUCCUUCCAGCUCUUCCAAAUCAUGGUUGUCAAUCUGUUCUGUGCCUUUUUUACCACUCUGAUCACCGUUGCAAUUGCUUUCGGAGUUUAUGACGCUUACUACCGCUACAACUUUCCAAUUUUGGAACGCAUGCUCACAACCCUCUUCGCUCUUCUCUACCUUCUUGCCACAUCAAUUAGUGUUAUUGAAGUCGCCGCAACUCAUGUGAUUCCAGUUUUCCUUUUUCCCUUGGCUUUCACCGUCAUUACUUUCCUUGCCUACGCGUACGACGCCCACCUUCAAUGGAAAAACCGCGACAAACACAUUCGUUAUUAA